UUUUUCGAUUUAUCGAUAGGAUACGUUUGCCUCUGCUGAGUUUGCAUAGAAUGACAGUUCUACAGGCAAGUAGUGUGCGCAACUCAGGCCAUUCUGAUUAUCCACUUUUUUUACUGAUGUCGCCGACUGCGUAUUAUGGAUAAUAAAGGAAAACCGAUUUGCCAAGAUAUAUGUACUGAUUGAAGACACCUAAUGCAAAGUGAUUCUUUCUUCACGCGGAAUGACAGUGAUUCACUCUACAAUAAAAUUCUAAAAUUACGUCGUACAUUUCGUUCGAACGGAUACCAUUAAUGGAAUCGUAUUUACCAUUAUCAGAAGUUGGAUAGGAAUGUUCAUUCAAUGACUUCAGAAUUGGCGUAGCUAACAUUAACGACGCAAUGGAAAAAUUUGCUAUUGAUUUGGACAAGGUUUUGGAUGAUUUCGAAUUUAACGAAGACUGUGCAGAGCAAAUAGCAUCUGAUAAUCUUUCAACAAACAAUGCGUCAUCUUCUUCAGUUAAAUGUAAUCUAGAACCUUCAGCUUUAAAAGGUUAUAAUUAUCUUCUAAUAGAGCCUAAGAAAGAAAAUAAAGAGUUUGAUAUUAUAUUACCUGUAGAAAGGCAUAAAGACUUGCAACAAAUAAAUACAAAAAACAAAUGUAUUAAUGAAAAUGAUAUAGUUUCUGAGAAUCUUAAUUGUAGUACAGAACAGACAACAAUAGAAAAUACUGAUGUAAAUCAGUUUUAUAUACAAGAAUGCACAAACGAGAAUAAGUCAAUACAAAAACAAUCUGUUUCAUCUUAUGAUUCUGAACAGGUUUCUUUAGCAACAUAUAAUGAUAUAUCACAAAAGGUAUUACAAAAACAACAAAAUAGUAACAACAGCCCAAAGAUUGACAAUAGGUAUGAUAAGAAAUUGAACCAGUCGAAUCUGAAACCUAGUGUUAGCAAUGUUUUCAGCAGUUUGAAUGAGUACAUUAAUGCUCCACCUGGAAGUUCAGAUUGCAUUCAUUCCAUAUUAAGUGAUUCAGAAAUACAAUCUGAUUUUGAGACUAAGGUACCUCAGAUAAUCCAGAGCAGUGCUAAAGAUAGUGAUGAAAGUAUACCACAUAAACAGACAGCUGAUAUACCUGAUCCAACUAGAGAAAUUCCUGUUUUAAGCUAUCAGGAUGCCACGAUACCCAUAACGGUAGAAUUACCAAUUACAUAUGAAACUAAUAUUAAAGAGAAUGUAAAAAAUGUUCAUGUAACAAAUUUCAAACCAUUGGAAAGCAAAACAGACUUUCCUGAAAAAGUUGCUCUAAAUGAAGCUUGUAUUGAAUUAAGUAAUAAAGCAGAAAUUAAAAAUGACAAAACACAUAACUAUAAUUCUGAUAGGAUAGAUCAGGAAAAAAAUUCUAUGCCUAAGUGUACUUGUAUACAAGGUGGUUAUUAUGAAAAUGAGUUUACAACACCCAUAACGGUAGAAUUACCAAUUACAUAUGAAACUAAUAUUAAAGAGGAUGUAAAAAAUGUUCAUGUAACAAAUUUCAAACCAUUGGAAAGCAAAAUAGACCUUCCUGAAAAAGUUGAACUAAAUGAAGCUUGUAUUGAAUUAAGUAAUAAAGCAGAAAUUAAAAAUGACAAAACACAUAACUAUAAUUCUGAUAGGAUAGAUCAAGAAAAAGAUUCUAUACCUAAGUGUACUUGUAUACAAGGUGGUUAUUAUGAAAAUGAGUCUACAACACCCAUAACGGUAGAAUUACCAAUUACAUAUGAAACUAAUAUUAAAGAGGAUGUAAAAAAUGUUCGUGUAACAAAUUUCGAACCAUUGGAAAGCAAAACAGACCUUCCUGAAAAAGUUGCUCUAAAUGAAGCUUGUAUUGAAUUAAGUAAUAAAGCAGAAAUUAAAAAUGACAAAACACAUAACUAUAAUUCUGAUAGGAUAGAUCAAGAAAAAUAUUCUAUGCCUAAGUGUACUUGUAUACAAGGUGAUUAUUAUGAAAAUGAGUCUACAACACAAUUGCAAGAUAAUGAAAGUAAAUUAAGCGUGGAAAAUAUUGGUACAAGUGAGAAACAUAGGAGCAGCUUAAAUUCAGUAUGUAAGCCAAUUGGAUUUAGUAACAUUGAUAAUUUAUCAGAAGAUGAAUUGACCAAAUAUUUAGCUGAAUUAGAAGAAGAGGAGAAAUUAAGGGAAAGCUGCAAUAAAAAAGAUGAAAAUAAACAAAAUGUCCAAGUUUUCCCAGAUACUUCUGUAGAAUCUCGAAAAAUGAUAGAAUCAGAAUUAAAUGAAAGGAUAGAAAACAUUUCAAUAACUGACUGUCAGAAAAAGGAAAUGGAUAAAGAAUUAUUAAAUAAUGCAUUAAUGAAACAAAAUGUACAACAAUCUGAUGAUCGAUUAAAUGAAGACAGAUUAAAUAAACACAAAGAUAUUUUAAAUAAUCCAAGUGGUAAAGAAUUAAAAUUGUUGCAUAGAGAUAAUGUAGCUAAAGAUGAUAAAAUGAAAUUAGAAAAUGAAUGCGUGCCUGAUACAGAAGAUAUUGAAGACAGCCAAGAACGUCCUACGUAUAGUUUAAAUAUUAAUCAAGGAUCACUAAAUGAUGGCAGAACUGAGAUACAAUUAAAAGAGCAGAAAGGAAAUUCUACGCAAUAUAAUCAAGCUGGUGAAUUAAAAAUGCCAAGCGAUAUUGAUAAUAUUUCGGAAGAAAGAAUUUCAACGACAUCUGAGCUAAAUACAUUAAUUGAUAUGACAAAACAUAAUGAUGAUGCAAUAUCUACGUCUGUAGAUGUUUACACAAGACCAAAUGUAAGUGAUACUAGCAAUGAUUCAGAGAAGCCAGUACGUCCCCAAACAUUGGAUAUUGUUUUGUCAAACAAUAGCACAGAACACCAAGUACUUGGUUCUACAAGUGAUACACCAUCUUAUCAAGUUCAAUCAGAUACUGAUGGUAUAAAAGAGGAGCAAGGAUCUUCCCCGGAUAUUUUAGACAAUUCUUUACCAGAAUCUGGCUCAGUUCUGGGAAAACAACCACCGUUCUGGGUUCCCGAUAGCGAUGCUCCUAGUUGCAUGCUCUGUGAUGUUAAGUUUACCGUUAUCAAAAGACGACAUCAUUGUCGGGCAUGUGGAAAAGUGUUAUGUAAUAAAUGUUGUAAUAUGAAAUAUAAAUUAGAAUAUCAAGGAAACAUUGAUUCACGCGUUUGUGUUUCUUGUUAUCAGCUUCUUACUAAAGCUGAAACAGAGCAGGGUAUGGGAGAAUGGUCUUCUGGUUAUUCCACAUGUAUGAAUAAUAAUGAUAUCAAUUCGCCCCAGGGGAGACAGCCUAAUCCAAAUAAUCCCAUGGAGUACUGUUCAACUAUACCACCCUUGCAACAGUUAGCUGGCGGCUUGCCUCCACCUCCUACGGUUAUGGUACCCGUUGGAGUCCUUAAAAGGGAAGAUGGUACAAAGAGUCGGCCUGAAAUUUCAAAAUCUGUUAUGUUCAGUGAUGGAAUAAGGCCUGGCUGUGACCUGACAGAACUAGACAUGUCGUGGGAUUUGAAACCACCAUACCGGAAAUCUGGUAGUAAGAGAAUACCAACACCUGGCUCAUCUGUACCAAGUACGUCUGUCAAGAAACAGAACCUACCACGUUUUGACCCAAAUACAGAAAGUUAUGUGCCACAAGACCCUAAUGCGCUUCCACCAACAGUAACGAUACAUAAAGGACAGGUAUCAUAUCAUGCUGUAACGGACGAGAAUCUUCUAUACAAAACGCUGAAAAAUGAAUGUGAACCACCUGUUAUGUUUGCGAUUAAUCGAAAUCUCUAUGCAUAUGUCAAAAUGGUAACUUUAAAUUGUUGUGUUAAUAAAACAUGUUGGAAUGUAACUUCGAAAGGAUUGGAUUGUGUUGGACAAGAUGAAAUUAUAUUAUUAAUCGAGGUACUACCUGAUGAAAUCCGGGUUCCUAAAGAUCUGCUCCUUUUUAUUAACCAAUUACGUCUUGAAGCUAUGAAAGGAAACAUUGUGUCCGAAUUGGGAUUUUUAAUAUACCAGGGAGGAAAUUUCUUGGAUUCUCGGGAACACGCAGGGUUCUUGUUUAUUCGACAAACAUCGCAAUGCUUGCAAAAAAUUAUAUUACCUCCUGGCCCGUACCUAUUUGGCCUCCUAGUUCAUAGGUGGGAAACACCAUGGGCGAAAGUAUUUCCGUUACGCCUUGUCUUACGACUGGGCGCAGAAUAUCGUUACUAUCCGUGCCCGUUGUUCUCGGUCCGGUUUCGGGAUGCAUUAUACUUUGAAAUAGGACAUACUGUUAUGAAGGUUUUAGCGGAUUUCAGAAAUUUUGCGUACACGUUACCAAGUGUAAGGGGACUAACAAUUCACUUAAGAAACAGAAUGACAGAUGUAAUGUUUCCGAGAAAUCGAUACGAUCAAGUGAUCAAAGGUUUAAAUAAUUCGAAUGAUCACGUAUUAGCAUACGCUUCAAAUUUUAGUAUUGCUGCUGACUCACAUUUAGUCUGUAUACAAACUAACACCGGUGAUGAAAGCACUUAUCAAACGCAAGCGAUAAGUAUCAAUAAUAAUCCAAGAACAAUAACAGGUACUAGUUUUAUCGUGAUUAACGGAGCAUUGAAAUCAUCGAUGGGUUUGUCAGCGAAAUCUAGCAUAGUUGAGGAUGGAUUAAUGGUAGAAAUAAUGCCAGAGAAAAUGGAAGCCUUGAAAGCAGCUCUAAAAAAUAUGCAAGACUUUUCAAUCGGAUGCGGUCGACAAGGAGCACCCGAGCCGGAUGAAACAGUGAACAUAAAGUGGGUCGAUAAUGAUGUGCAAUUCAAUGUAGGGGUAAAAAGUCCUAUUGAUAGACGACCUAUGGAUGGUAUUCCUUCAAUCCGAAUACACAAUGGUAUUGAUUAUAAAGGAACGAGUAGAUUUAUACGAUGGACAGAAGUAUUUAUCAUUAAUUCCGAUGAUCAUCCGAAUGGUGUUCAUGAUCCUGUGGAUAUAAAUAAAUUAUCAGGAAAUAUAGCGAAAGCAACAUGUACAGCCUUAGUGAAGUUAUUGGACUUAUUAGCCAAUGCUGGUUUAACAAAGCUUGGUGUAAGAACAACUAUUCAUCCUGACAAUGUUGGUUAUGAAGCCGGUAGCGAAGGUAUGAAAUUGCCUCCAAUCUACAUGAAGAGUUUAGACAACGAAUUAAUUCAAGUUCUGCAUAAAGCAGCGCAAAGUAGUCAAGAUACGCAUAUUGUGCUUGAAUUAAUUUUUUACAUACUCGAUGAUUGAAACCUUGCUCCGUUCGCUCCUGUUUUGUUAACGAUUUUAUUAAUAUAACAUAGUAGAAAUAUAAAGCUCGUGAUGUUCGUACACGACUGAAAUGUAUAAUUAAAAAACUCGUGGAACCACUAAAAAAUAGAUCUUUUGAGCGGAAAAUAUUUUCUAUCUGAAUACUAUCUAUCUAUAA